UUAGUAUGCUGUUAUGGUAUUAUCAGUCACUCCCUAUGCAAUUGAAGGCUAAAAUCCAGAUGAUUCUCCCCUAAACACAGAUGGUAUAUUCCACAGUGCAUCACUCGCAGUAUCCAAAAUGGCGUCGACAAGCAAGGCAACCCCUGAGGACCACCGCAGGAAGUGGGAUGUGGACGAGUAUGAGGAGAUGGCCAAGAAGAGGCUGGAGGAGGAGAGGAAAAAGGCUGAAGAUAACCAACAUGCCCAGCCUCCUGUCAAGCGGGAUUUCUUGAGAAGGAGAGAUUACAAGGUAGAUCUGGAGUCUCAGCUGGGGAAGACAAAAGUCAUAUCCAAGUCAGCGCCACUUUCUGACCAAGGAGGGUACUACUGCAAUGUGUGUGACUGCGUAGUGAAGGACUCCAUCAACUUUCUGGACCACAUCAAUGGCAAGAAACAUCAACGUAAUCUUGGCAUGUCAAUGCGAAUUGAGCGCUCCACCCUGGACCAAGUCAAGAAGCGCUUUGAACUCAACAAAAAGAAGAGGGAAGAGAAAAAGAAAGAAUAUGACUUUGAACAGAGGAUGGCAGAGCUUAAGGAAGAGGAAGCAAAGAUGAAAGAAUACAGGAAGGAGAAGAAGAAGGAAAAGAAGAGGAAGGCAGAUGAUGCAGGUCUCAAUGAAGAUGAGAUAGACCCAGAGAUGGCUGCUAUGAUGGGGUUCAGUGGAUUUGGGGGAUCAAAAAAGUAACUCUUUGUGUGUCGUUAUGUACAUAUAUGCAGGAUAGGUUGGUUAACGUUUUGGUAUUUACAAACCAGAAAUUUGUGUCAAGUGUAUUGUAACAGGGAAUGUGUAUUUUCUUCACUAUUUUUUGUCAAUAAUACAAGUAAAUGAGUUGUAACAGUUUUUAAUUUAGUGAUGGUGCUGUUUUAUUUGGUCACCAUAUGAUAAUACAUUGUAAUCUUUUUCAAUGGUCACCAACUGGCCAUCCAGCUGUGUUUCAAUAGUAAUGACUGAAUCAGAAGUCUGUCUUCUACAAAGUUAAGGUGCUUCUUUUCAGGCAUUACUGAUGGUACCUGUUUGUCCAUUCACUGUGAUGGUUUUGAAGAGUACUUCCAAAUGAACACAAUUGGCAUGCAGUUUGGAGAAAUUUUGACAUAGAUGACAGACCAAUUCAGUGUUUGUGUUGUACCAUGGGGCAGGUGUGAAUUUCUGUGAUUUGUAAGCUAGGUUUUGGGAUCAAAGUAGGCAGCUUGGGUAUACUAUUCCUCUGAUUUGUACAGUGUUCUUAUAUGGAAACUGAAAAAGUCACGAACACAUUGUUUUAUUUUUGCUGUUCUGCUCAUCUUUAUUGAUAGUAAGUUAUUAACCAGACUGUUAUUAGCCAAGAAGCUUCAUUGUGUUUUACUCUGCAGCUUCUUUCACUACAAGCCUAGAAAAUAUGAUGCCUGGUGAAAAAGUUAGUUCCUUACAACUGUUGAGCAACCAAAACUGGAUCUGUAUGAUUUACUGUAUGACCUGAUCAGUGGCAUAAAAAUAUGCAACAAAAGAGAGACAACAAAACACUUACACAAUAUGUGUACACUUUACCAGAGAAAUUUGCUGGGACUUAUGAAAGUUUAAUGACCAAUGCCUCUAUGGUGGUCUGUGACACCUGGUCAUUGGAGCUGUAAUAUUCAUGUAUGAACUGAACCAAGCAGAGAAUAUGUGAAAACAAAGUUGUAUUUGGGAAAAACCUUGUUAAGCUGGGACCAUGCUAGAUAGGCCUUGACAUUUUGAAAUAUUCAGUCUGCUAUGAACUCUGCAAGUACUUACAAUGUACAAUUGUUACUUGAAGUGCUGUUCAUAAAAAAAAUCUGUCCUGUGGCCAGAUCACCAUAACAUUUAUUAUGUAUGUACACAUACCUCAGCACCAUACAGUGUCAACAUUGUUAUGUGGAAUCAGACAACCUUUGGACUUUCCUUUUUGAGCACAGUUGUAUGUGUAGACAAUUAAAUGUACAU